AUGGCUUACAGGCCGGAGGACGACUACGAUUACCUGUUCAAGGUGGUGCUGAUCGGGGACUCCGGCGUCGGGAAGUCGAAUCUAUUGUCCCGGUUUACAAGGAACGAGUUCAGCCUCGAGACGAAGUCCACCAUUGGCGUCGAAUUCGCCACCCGCAGCGUCAACGUCGAUGGGAAGAUCAUUAAGGCGCAGAUUUGGGACACUGCCGGGCAGGAGAGGUCCGUCUCUCCUCUCCCUGAAUUCUAAUUCCGUCGUUCUACGUUGAUCAUGCAUUCCACGAAUCGCUCGCGAUUCAUAUGCACCCCCCCCUUUCUCCCGGUGGUUAUGAUCUGCUCUCAGUUGACGUCGGGUUUGUUCAUCUUUUCUGGUUUACGAUUCGGGAGAGGUGGUGUCCAGAUGAUACGUUCGAUCGUUUUUCCUUAUUGAAUAUGUUCCGUUUUUAUCCAUUCCAAUCAAUAUUUGAUACCGCAGCCUCGAUGAUCUUCUACGCUCGUCUGGAUGAUGUUACUCUGCUUUAGCCGCCCACAACUUCUCUACAGAUUCCCCCUGGAUCCAUUUUUGUGUUGAAACUCUGAAUGGAUGCUUGAUUUCUUGUCUUGAUUUACGUCUGAAACUGCAUUGAUGGCCAAUCUUCCGACUCCUAUCUGUCACAAUUUUCGUGGUGUUUUUUUCUGGAAUUCGAAAGGCCAGAUUGAUCUGAUCUUAUCCAAUAGAUUUCGCAGUUUAAAACUAUUAUGCAGGAGGCGCAUCUUUUCUUUCUUAUAGGCAGUCGCUGGGUGAUUCCCCCCCGUCUAUUCAUCCCACUUACAUAUGUCUAAAUCACGUAUCGUAUAUAUUUAAAAGAUUUCUUCCGAAUUCCAUGAAAAAAAUAUAAUUAGGUUUCUUUGUUGCGCCUUCAAAAUACGAGUUCAUCUCAUGUUUUUGAGGUCUCACAAUAGGUUUAUCAUAAAACCGCACCGACAUCUAUUCUCCGAUGUGGGAAUGUCGACAUGAGGAAAUUUAAGUUUUAAUGGUUUUAUGCAUAAUAUUUGAAAAUAAGAAACCUUUGAAGUAUAUACCAAUGUUGAAUGCUAAGUCGUAUGUUGGUGGCGUGUAGGCCUAGAUCACCCGGAUUAAAUCAGAAUAAAUGAAAAAGAUGCUUGUGAAGUGAAAAAUAAUUGAAAUUUUACGAGUUUGUGAUGGCGAGGAAUCUGAAUGGAACAUAGUGAAUCUUGAAGUCCGGUUGAAGAAUCCCAUUUAAUAUGACUAUUUCCUUCGUUACAUUUUUUAUUUAUUUUUGUGGUGUCAAUGCUGUACCCUGUUCUCUUGUCACCAGCCCUAACGAACGCGUAACACAAAAGGAGAAAGUUUGACAUCUACACAUCUUUAAUGUCAUCAUCAAUAUUUUCAUUCAUGUUCAUUCCACAAAUAAUGGAGUGAUGACUUGAGUGAGGAUAGCAUCCGGGCUCAUUUAUGGCACGCGUUAAGCUAAUUCCAUGCUUCACUAGAUUCCUGCCCUGUUCUGCCCUGUUCUGAUGCAGAACUACCUAGUUCAACCAUUUAAUGUCGACCCGAUAUCGUCCUUGAUAUUUUUGAAGCUUGCUGAUCAUGCUAUGAUGUACUCCUUGACGUCCGUAUUGUGGAAACAGCCAAGAUAAUGACUCAAUGCAUGGAGGGAUAUUACAUCACUUUUAGAUCUAAGAUUAACAUAAGAAUCCGUUAUCAGGCCGAGGUGGUGUUCUUAUAUUUUCCAUACCCAAUCCUGGUUUUAUCUAUCUCCAGAAAUGCUUCCUGAGGAAUCCGUUACACACGUCCGGGACCUAAAACCCUCUUAUAAACCAUUCCACUUAUUUGGUAAUAUCUUGGUAUUCAGUAAGCCCUGCCUGACAACCUGGAAACUCUCUCUCUCUCUCUCUCUCUCUCCCUCCUCACUGACAAAUAGCUCCAGUUUUAUUUCUUCAUUUCCCCAAGGAGUUUAUUGUCAUUUGCAACGAAGAGUAUGCCUGUCAUUUACUGCACCGUGGUGAACAAUCAUCGGAGAAGGGUUCACUUUUCCUCUUUUUUUUUCCUUUCUAUGGCCAAUUGUUAUGGAAAAGAACGCGCCAAUGGUGUGGAAAGUAAGCAUAAUAGGUUAUCUGCAUCUUUUUAAAUAUUAGUGUAGAUUUUAUACAUGUUCACAAUGUCCUGACAGCAGAUUCUGCUAGCCCAGGCCGACUCCUCCCCUGCAGCUCCUUCCAUCUUUGAUAUGAUCGAUUUUUGUUCACAGUCCUUGUUUUCUUACCACAUAAUCAUUCAACCUGGAAACGAACUCUGACCAUUCGACUUCAUCUUAUAGUGACGGUAAGGCAUGUGUUCAUGGCUUAGGGUUCUAACCGAUACCAUGCCGCCUUCCUUCUCGCAGAUACCGCGCCAUUACGAGCGCCUACUACCGGGGCGCGGUGGGCGCAUUGGUGGUCUACGACGUGAGCCGCCACGUUACCUUUGAGAACGUGGAGAGAUGGCUGAGGGAGCUCAGAGACCACACCGAGUCCAACAUCGUGGUCAUGCUCGUGGGGAACAAGUCGGACCUUCGCCACCUGCGGGCUGUCUCCGUGGAGGAAGCCAAGUCCUUCGCCGAGCGGGAGCGAACCUUCUUCAUGGAAACUUCCGCUCUCGAGGCCCUGAACGUUGAGGCUUCCUUCACGGAGGUGCUUUCUCAGGUGUACCGCGUGGUCAGCAAGAAGACCCUCGACGUGGGGGACGACCCCAUGACGGUGCCCAAGGGGCAGACCAUCAACCUGGACUCUCUGGAUGAGGUGCCCCCUGUGAAGAAAGGCGGGUGCUGCUCGAGUUAG